AUGGUACUCCGGCUCGUCUGCUUCGUCUUAUUUUUUGCUGCUCAGGCGGUAGAAGGCUCAGCCGAGAAACCUGAAGUUGUUGAACAACCCGUCACGACCACCCAGGAGACGCUGGACAGUCAGGAGAUUGAAAUCCUGCGCUCGAUAAGCUUGACCGACUUGGCCACCCAGGCACCACUCGGGAACCAAGUCGAAGCAUCGAUCGAUGAGGAGCCACUUUCUGGGACUGUUCUCAAGGGAAUGGAGCAGCGGAUAGAGAGAGACGUCCACCCCGGCUACAGCUGGCAACGCCUUGAGCAGCUCCUGGGGCAGAUUGUUGAUGAGCAGCUCCAGAACGUGAGCAGCACCGCCAAGCCGAGCGUAAGGAAGGAGGAGAAAUGCCAGAAAUUCCGGGAAUGCCAUCAGGAUGGGGAUUGCGGAAAGAAAGGCCGUUGUAUGGGUUCUCUGGUCGGAAAGUGCAACUGCAACGCUUGUCUUCAGGGGGCAGCUUGCACAGAUGAUCAGCAAUGCGGAGGGUUGCGAGGGGCUUGCAGGGAGGGAAGCUGCGGAUGUGCUCAGGUGUUCGCCUCUCGCGGCCUGUCCCUCUACAUCGAGGUGUUGACGCAAUUCUGCGCCCGUCCGGGUUGCAGCUCGGAAAAUGACUGUCUUGGACUGCCGUGCAACUCUGGCCACUGUGACUGCGGCUACGCGACUGGGCCAUACACAUCUCCAGUGGAAUUAGCGCCUGGAAGUCAGCAGCCACUACCACCGAUUGAUCAGCUGGUUAAUAAGGAGGUCGCCGAGCUAACCGGAUCCAGCAAAACAGACGCCGACCUCAUCUCCAAAGCCUCCCCGAAAACCCUAGAAAGCCGUGACGAUGCUAAGGACAGCUUCGACGACUUCGAGAAGCAACUGGCUGAGCUGAAGGUGGCUCACGGGAGUCAGCCCGAAGAUGCGGAAGCUUCAAAGGCUUUAAAAACCGCUUCAGAAGAUCCUAAAGGAGAUGAGGCUGAUGAAAGCGCGCAGCAGCAGCUUCUGAGCGCAACUUCGCCGAGCCCUCAGGCUCAGUCUCCCCUGUAUCUUCGGGGCGGCUUCCAGACCCCAGGCGGAGGUACCGGAUACGUACUUCCGCCUACAAGCUAUGCGAGGCCAGUACCGUAUCGCCCGACGUACUACGCACCGCCACAGCAGCGAUAUCCGAUACAGUGCCCGCCUCCGCAAGCCGCCCCAUCCUACGCUCAGCCGCAACCGUACUACGCGCCAAGGAAUGAAUGCUGUGGAAGGUGCCGAUCCCCUUGUCGCUUCACGGCCAGUAAAGCUCGCCGCGAAAUCGUGAACGCCCGCUGCAACAGCCGGAAAUUGGAGCGAAUUAUGACCGAGACAAUUUCAAACGACCUGGCCAAAUCGAAGCGGACGAUACAGAAAUUCGCCGAGGAGCUGCUUGGCGGGCUAUUUUCGGUGACGUGCUCGAAGGGGGAUUUUAGCUACGUCUCGCGCUCCGAGCAAUUUUGCCAACUCGAAAAGAAGGGCACCGUCUGUUAUGCGUUCCAGCAUCGA